AAAAACAACGAACAAGGGAGGAAAGGAAAGGAAGAAAGAGGGCUGCGGGGGGUUAUCAGAGGCUCGGUGAUGGCGUCGUCGGGCGUGGUGGUCCUGGACAAUGGCGGCGGGCUCUGCAAGGCGGGGUUCGGCGGCGAGAGGGACCCGGCCGCGGUGGUCCCCAACUGCCUGGGCCGCUCCUCAUCGUCCAACAGGAAGUGGCUGGUGGCGGACCAGCUUCUGGCCCCCGACGCGGACGUGACCUCCGUGUCGCUCCGGCGCCCCUUCGACCGUGGGUACCUGGUGAAUCCGGAGCUCGAGCGGGAGGUGUGGGAGCGCCUCCUCCGCUCCCUGCUUCGCGUGGACCCGUCCAGCUCCUCGCUCCUCCUGGUGGAGCCCCUCUUCAGCCCGCCCGCCGUCCAGCGAGCCACGGACGAGCUCGUCUUCGAGGACCUGGGAUUCCGCGCCCUCUGCGUUGCCGACUCUCCGGCCCUCGUCCACCUAUACGAGGCCAGCCGGCGCCCGCCCGGGGGCGCCCAGUGCAGCCUGGUGGUGGACUGCGGCUUCUCCUUCACCCACGCCGCCCCCGUGGUGGACAACUUCACCCUCAACUACGGGGUCCGCCGCCUGGACCUCGGGGGAAAGGCCCUCACCAACUACCUCAAGGAGCUCGUCUCCUACCGUUCCGUCAACCUCAUGGACGAGACCCUUAUCAUCGACGACGCCAAGGAGAAGCUCUGCUUGGUCUCCCUCGGCAUUCCCCGGGACCUCCGCCUCGCCAGGAGAUCUGGAAAAGACAACCCCUUCAGGUGCACAUAUGUUCUCCCUGAUGGUAUUACACAUACAAAAGGCUAUGUCAAAGACUUAGAGGAAGCACGAAGGUAUCUUUCUCUGCCAGAUGGAAGCUCAACUGCGCAAUGUGGGCUGAAGGAAGUAAUAGAAUUUCAGGAUGAUACAGAGAAACUGGAGGAUCGAAGGAAAAUAGACUUGACAAAAAAUGAGUUCAACUUGACUAAUGAGCGUUUCCUCGUACCUGAGAUGCUCUUCCGUCCUGCUGAUUUGGGUAUGAAUCAAGCUGGACUAGCUGAAUGCAUCGUUCGUGCUGUUAGUUCAUGCCAUCCUCAUCUUCGUCCCGUGCUUUUUGAGAGCAUCAUAUUGACUGGUGGAAGCACAUUGUUUCCUCGAUUUGCAGAACGACUAGAAAGGGAGCUACGGCCUCUUGUACCUGAUAAUUAUCAAGUGAAGAUUACUACCCAAGAAGAUCCUAUUUUAGGUGUAUGGAGGGGUGGGUCGCUUUUGGCAUCUAGCCCUGAUUUUGAAUCAAUGUGCAUCACAAAGUCAGAGUAUGAAGAGAUAGGAUCAACCCGCUGUCGACGCCGUUUUUGCCGCUGAAUAUCUGGUUAGGAACAUUUGGAUGCCAGGAGAUGAAGAGAUAGGAUCAACCCGCUGUCGAUGCUGUUUUCUCACUGAAUAUUUGGUUAGGAACAUUUGGAUGCCAGGAGAUGAAGAGAUAGGAUCAGUCCGCCAUCGAUGCUGUUUUUUUCACUGAAUAUCUGAUUAGGAAGGUUUGGAUGUCAGGAGCUAUACCUGUCCUCGAUGACAUGCAUGUGGAAGAGCUCAUAGUUGGAAUUUUACUGUGAGGCAAGUAGAAAAAUCAUUAAAUAGAAGGCAAUCUCGAAGUUCAUAUAAUGUCAUCUUUAUCUGAAACAAGGGCAACACAAUCUGUGGGUUAGAGACCCUUGCUGUCUCUUAUAGCUGCUAAUUACUCUUGUGACCACCAACCCUUACUGUAUGACUGGAUAGGUGGCAGGAUCAUUGAGCAAGGUUGUGGUCUGAUCCUAUAUGUUGCUUCAUACACCGGUGUUACUUUGGUAUGACAGUUGUCUGAAUUGCUGGCUGCUCUGAUGCACUCAUCAAGCUGGUCUAAACUCCGGUUUGAAGUGCCAUAUAUAAUCAUGUAUGCAGUUGGCUAUAAAUGCCAACAAAUUUUCUUUGUUUGACAUAAUCCUUGACAGAGGUAUCUGAAUGCUUGGUUAUGAUUGUGGGAUUAAAAUAUAGUAUGUAUGGGAUAUGGAAGUGGUGCCUUAAAAUUCUGGAGUAAUUAAAUCUAUUUUUUUCAUGCUUCAAAA